GUCAGUGCGGCAGGAAAACCGCAGCGAGCAGGCAAAGACAGAGAUUGAAUUGGGAAGUAGAACUGUAAAAAUCCGAAGUAAAAAAUGUGGAAACGAAAAGGCAAAGUCUGGGUGGCUGCGAAAUAAGAGUUCGGAAGAUGGAAGCCGGUCCUGCUCGCCAGCAAAAACGCACGGUUUGCUCUGAAACGCUAAAAUCCUUUCAGCAGUCUGAGGAGGGCAAUGCCAGAGAAUGGAUGAAAAUUGCAAGGAGAUAGACUGCAGUUGACUGGGCUUGCUCCCUGGAUUGACAACGCCUCGACAAAUGGAGUAAUGAUUCAAGAUAGAAUAGCACUAGCCUUUAGAUAGGCGUGUUAGCAUACUCUGACACGAUCGGAUAGAAAACUGCAUCUUUAAAUUCAAUAAGCAUACGAAGUCAAAUUUGGUGCAUUGAAUUCCAUUGGAGGGAUGUCAUCAGCUUCCAUUGCUUGAUAGUUAACUAACGUUAGUUUUCGGGGGACUGGAAUUGACCGUUCAAAGUGUUAAUAUGGGUGAUGUGGCUGACUCGAAGGAUAUUAAAAAGACUUUUAUCGUUCCAGCUAUAAAAUCUUUUGAUCACUACGAUUUCACCAAGGCUAAGAUCUGUUGUAGCCUGACAUGGCUGAUAGCCAAAGCCUUUGGGACAGACAGUGUCCCGGAGGAGCUGAAGGAGCCCUUCUACACGGACCAGUAUGACCAGGAGCACAUGAAGCCCCCCGUGGUGAACCUGCUGCUCUCGGCCGAGCUGUACUGCCGCGCCGGGAGCCUCAUCCUGAAAAGCGACGCCGCCAAGCCGCUGCUGGGCCACGACGCCGUCAUCCAGGCGCUGGCCCAGAAGGGCCUGUACGUCACCGACCAGGAGAGGCUGGUGACCGAGAGGGACCUCCGCAAGAGACCCAUCCAGAUGAGUGCCCACCUGGCCAUGAUUGACACUUUGAUGAUGGCGUACACGGUGGAGAUGGUCAGCGUGGAGAAGGUGGUUUCCUGUGUGCAGCAGUACUCCUCCUUCUACCCCGACGGCGACGUGCCCUACGACACAGAGGACGCCGUGGCGACCUGGAUAAACAAGGUCAACGAAUAUUUGAAAGACAUUAUCAUCCAGGAGCAGAGGAUGAGAGAGACGCAGUGCACAGAGCCAUCUGAGGGAUCGCGGUCUCCAACCAAAUGGUAUUGGAAACUGGUUCCUGCCCGCUACAGGAAGGAACAGGCUCUGCCCAAACAGGUGCCGUGGAUCCCCCCCGUGGACAACCUGCUGAAGGACAGCACCGACGGCAGCGCCCUCGCCGCCCUGCUCCACUUCUACUGCCCCGACAUCGUUAAGCUGGAAGAUAUAUGCCUGAAGGAGACCAUGUCACUGGCGGACAGUUUGUACAACCUCCAGCUCAUUCAGGAGUUCUGUCAGGAGAACCUGAACCGCUGCUGCCACUUCACGCUGGAAGACAUGCUCUAUGCCUCCUCUUCCAUAAAGAAUAACUAUCUUGUGUUUAUGGCUGAGCUUUUCUGGUGGUUUGAAGUGGUAAAGCCAUCCUUUGUGCAACCUCGAGUUUUAGACACUGAAGCAGCAGAACCAGCCCCCUCUUUGAAAAACAUGCCCACGGUGCCCAUAUCCAAUGUCACCAAGCGAAGCUUUAUGGAGAAACCUCCCAGUCCAGACCGGCCCAGUCUGCCUCUCAGGCCACAACCUCAGACUUCCACUUCAGGUGUAAUGAAACGAUCAACCUCAUUGUCUUUUGUGGACAGCUGUGUGGGGACUUGGCCCAAGGAAAAACGGUCCUCAGCUCACGGAGUGUCCUUUGACAUCCCUUUUGAUAAAACAAACACCAGCCAGACGGCUACACCCCCCGCUCGGGGGAUGACCAGGUCCAUCAGCACAGAUGGGCUGGGAUUCAAGGUCAACCACAUGCCCAGGAACAUGAAGAGAAACCUGUCCUUCCAGCCCGUUAAUGGGCAGAGCGACAAAGGGGGCAUCGAAGAGGAGGGAUGUCCAGAGAGCCUAGCCUGGCCUGAGGCUGUUGCCUCCAGGGGCCAGAGGGGUCUCUCAAAUGGACCGGCUCAGGACGAGCAUGGCAAACUCCCAGCCACCCCCAGCAUUGAGGAGGCCCUGCAAAUCAUCCACAAUUUGGAGAAACCUCACGACAGCCUUCAGGCGGAGGGGAUUAACAACGGGUUCUUCCUCCACAGUCAGGGCAGGGAUAGCUCGGCUUCCAGGGCCAGGUCAGACGAUGCCGAUUUGGAUUCCGUGUCGGAAUCAAAAGGAGCCAUGAGCGCAGACACGACAGUGGACACGGGGAUCCACGUGAGGACGGAGGACAUCCAGGAGACCCUGGACGAGGAUUCGUCCCUGAGGGACUGCACGAUGAGCAUGGAACUGGACAUGGACCAAGACUACGAGCUGAGGGCCUGCAACCCCCACGAGAUGACCAGCCCCUGCCCCAGCUCGGUCAGUGGCAAGUCCCACCCAAGCCCCGGCGCGGCCUCCCCCAGCCCCGGCGUCCGGAUGACCAGCUUCGCCGAGCAGAAGUUCCGGAAGCUGAACCACUUCGAGGGGAAGAGCAGCGGCAGCAGCUCGCAGAAAACCACGCCGGAGAGCUCCGAGCUCAACAUCCCGCACGUGGUGUCCUGGGCCCUGACGCCCGAGGAGAGCCCCGUCCACCAGGUGCCCAAGGACCCUGCCCAGAUGAUGGCGUCAGAGAUGGUGCAGCUGCGGAUGAAGCUGGAGGAGAAGCGGCGGGCCAUUGAGGCGCAGAAGAAGAAGGUGGAGGCAGCCUUCACCCGGCACAGGCAGAGGAUGGGCAGGACGGCCUUCCUCACCGUGGUGAAGAAGAAGGGUGACGGCACCUCGCCGUUCAGGGAGGAGGCUUCUGGGUCUGAGGACGACAAGCCGGAGCCCGCCGACUCCCAUGCCGUCAAGAUGGCGGACGACAGCAACCUCCGGCCCGAGAAGAGCAAACUGGACACGCCGGAUGGCCAGGCCAGGUGGCUGAAGUCGCCCAGCGACGAGAGCUUCGGGGAGGCGGACCUUCUGGAGUACACCAAGUCCAUCGAGAAGCUGAACGCCUCGCUCAACUUCCUGCAGACGGAGAUGCAGAGGCUGGCCCAACAGCAGGAGGUCAUCAUGCAGAUGAGGGAGCAGCAGCAGUCCUGGGUCAUCCCCGCCCCCCAGCCAUCCCCGCAGAAGCAGGUGCGCGACCUCCGCACCGCCACGCGCUCUGCGGGCUCGCUGUCGCCGGCGGAGUCCCCGCGCACCUCCCACCGGUCGCCCACCAGCAUCAAGAGGAAGUCGGCCUCCUUCCACUCCAAAACCCCAAGAACCCCAAGGCCCAGCGAGCUGAAGAUCAGCCCUUUUAGCCGGGUCCUCACUGUCCCGCAGUCUGUGGACAGCCUGCCACGCCUACGCAGAUUCUCCCCCUGCCAGUCCCAGGUCAGCGCCUUCACCUAUCUGGGGACUGAGUACAAGCCCCCCGCAGAGGGCGAGGCCGCAGAGAAGGACGGGACACAGGAACCUUGCUCUGAACCAGAGCCCAAACCCUCCGCCCUGGAGGAAGCCCCCGAGAAGGGCGUGGCCGCAAAGCCACCGGCCUCCACAGCCAAAGAGACGCGGCAGAAGACGGAGGAGAGCGUCGAAGAAGUGAGCGCCAAGGAGGAGAAGGAGGAGAAUGUGAAGGAGAUGAAGCUGGUGGAAUCCACUGUGUCUGAGGUGCUGUCCCAGCCAAUCACGGAGACGUUUACGGUCACUCCAACUGAAGUCGUGACCCACAGCAACAGGAACUUGAUAGAGGUGCCGUUAUCCGUGCUGAAGCCCCUGGACGGACAGAUGCUUUCAGAGAGUAGCGAUGUAGAUGGAGGUGGAGACAUCAAUGAAGAUGAUCAGAAGAUGUGCUGUGGUUUUUUCUUCAAGGACGACCUGAAGGGAGAGGACAACAUGGCAGUGAAGCGGGCAGCACUGCUGGAGAAGAGAUUGAGGAGAGAGAGGGAGACGCAGCAGAGGAAGCAGCAAAUGGAGGCUGAGCUGGAACAGAAGAAGGAAGAGGCGAGGUUGAAAGCAGAGGAGGAGCGUCAGAAGAAAGAGGAGGAUAAGGCUCGCAGGGAGUUCAUCAAGCAGGAGUACCUCCGCAGGAAGCAGCUGAAACUGAUGGAGGACAUGGACACCGUCAUCAAGCCCCGCUCUGCCAGCACCAAGCAGAAGAAACCCCGCCCCAAGUCCAUACACAGGGACAUCGUGGAGUCUCCCAAAACCCCUGCCAGGGCGGCGGAAGGUUCACGACCCCGUGUUUUUUCAGUCUCCAGUCUGUCUCUGGCUUCCCUCAACUUGGGAGACAAUGAAAGCGUGCAGUCAGAGAAGAGGACGCCCAGAAGCAGUAAUUUAGCCUCUGGCAGCCUAUACCUCUUUUUGAAUGCUACCAAAGCGAAAAGGUCAAGACCUGGCUCUGCGGACGGAUUUCUGUCUCCUUGUCGAACCGGCAGCCGCAACGGAGAGAAGGACUGGGAGAACGGCUCCACAACAUCAUCUGUGGCAUCCAACACGGAAUACACAGGCCCAAAGCUCUACAAGGAGCCGAGCGCCAAGUCUAACAAGCAUAUAAUCCAGAACGCCCUGGCCCACUGCUGUCUGGCUGGCAAGGUGAACGAAGCUCAGAAGAAUAAGAUACUAGAGGAAAUGGAGAAAUCGGAGGCCAACAACUUCCUGAUCCUCUUCCGAGACUCAGGCUGCCAGUUCCGGUCUCUGUACACAUACUGCCCUGAGAUGGAGGAGAUCACCAAGCUGGCGGGCAUCGGUCCCAAGACCAUCACCAGCAAGAUGAUAGACGGCCUGUACAAGUACAACUCGGACAGGAAGCAGUUCAGCCACAUCCCCGCCAAGACCAUGUCAGCCAGCGUCGACGCCAUCACCAUCCACAGCCACCUGUGGCAGACCAAGAAACCCGCAACACCCAAAAAAGUGUUACCCAGCAAGUCCUAGUAAAGAGAACCAUGUCUUUUUUUUUUUUUUCUCAAAACAUUCACGUUAAAUUUGCACUUCACUGUACAUAUCCAUGUGGACUUGGCACCUGCAAUGCCAACAAAUGAAAACAUACUCCUUUUGCAGCAGCUUUCCUCUUAAUCUUCCUUUUUUCUCCCAGUUUCAACUGGACACAGAACUCUGCUGAUAUUAUGCACAACUGGAAUGUAAAACACUAUUUAAGAGUAUUUAAUGGAGAUCACUAAUGUGUUUAGUACAAGAGAUCGUUGAAUCUUUUGAGUUAUUUUAUUACAGCACGUGUGUGUGUAUGUGGUUUUGUAUGUGCCAAAAGAAAAAGGAUGCCAUGACGUUUUGAUCUGGUACACUGAAGCACUGAAUGUUAUUCAUCUGUAUAGAUUGAAUUUGCGUAUCUGUUUAACAUUUGUGGCCUUAUGCUUGUUUGAUUUUUUUGUACGUGAGCACCACAAGGUGCUUGUAAAGUUAUUCAUGAGAGGCUUUAGUAUGCAGGUGAAGCUUUUUGUCUUUUGCUAAGUUUGAAAUAGUAUCCAGUUUGUUUGCAUAAGGUGUGAACCACAAAGGGCAACAUGUACUGAGGAAAUUGCCUUUAAUGAGCAUCACGAAUAGGGCUGCCAUUGCUUGGAAAGAAUGCGUAACGGUAACCCACUAUGUAUCCCAAGAACUCAAACUUGCUGGAAAGUGCCAAAGUAGCAUCCCUCAUUUUUUGUGAUCUAUAUUUUGGUCCUACUUUACAUUAAGUGGCCUUAUUUACACUGUUUAGAUAUAGUGAUACUGCUGUGUACAUAGUACACAUGGUUGCAUAGUACUUCCAGCAGUUAAAUCUGUUUGUUGCUUGCAUAAAUACAGCUCCAUAACAACUACCCUGUGUAAUAUAUGUACACAGUAGUAUCUCUGUAGUUACAGUGUAAAUAUAGAAAGCGUUAGGGUCACAGUGUGAAGUGGGACUUAUGUUUUAAUAAGGGUUAUAAAAUCAUGUUAUCAACAUCCUUUCA